AAGAAAACUAAAACAAAAAAUGGCGGCAAUAAUACGAAUAAAGCGAAAACUUGAUGAGGAUCCCGCUGAUAAGCUCGUCAUUUAUUGUAAGCGAAUAAAAUCAAAUAGUGCGGAAGGUGGAGCAAGUAAAUCAGCAUCUGAGGAUGUCAAGAAUGAACUUACAUUUGCUGGAACACUGGAUAAAAAGGAUGAAUCUGUGUCUAAACGCAUCAGAGCAGCCAUAAAGAAAACCAAACUUGAACGGGAAUAUAAAAAGCACAAUCCGAUAGACACUACUAGCCAAGCCAGGAAAACGCACAAGUCAACUGCAAUAGAAAACCGAUUUAAAGUUGUCUCUAGUCACCGGGCGAUUGAACUUGAUCAGUUAGACGCAGAGUCUGACAAUGUAGAGAACAAAGAUAAUGUCGAUGAGGUUGAUAGACUGUUCUGUUUAUAUGAUGUAGUGAGUGAAAAUGAGGAGAAUGCCAGACAAGAACAACAAAGGAAAGAAUCAAAGCUACAACCAGAAGUUCUUACUUGUAAUGGCGUCCCAAUGAUUAGAGAAAAGGUUCAACCUCAAGCAGAGCCAUCUUUAGCCGAGGAUGAGAACUACGUAUAUGAUCUUUAUUACUCCAAUUCUCGCAAUCUUGACAUUGCAUCAUUUCAAAAUAUCUCUAUGGUUGAAGCAUUUCGAGAAGAGCUGAUUUAUGAUGAAUAUCGUGAUAAUGAUGAGGAAGUUUAUGAAGAUGAAGAUGAUGAAAAUGAAGAAGGAAAUUGGAGGAAUGAUUACCCAGAUGAGGAUCCCGAUUGUCCAGGAGCUUAUGGUGCAAGAGAUGAAGAUGGGAGUGUUGCAUUUGACAGCCAGGUGCUGACAUCUAUGAUGAGAAACACAUGUCUUGGAGAUGAAGCUAUCUACUCAAGUGCAGAAGAAGAUGUACAUGAUGAAGAAAAAGACAUUUGGACCCCUGCUACGAACUAUAAUAGUUACAAAGCAAGCAUGUAUGGCUAUAGUUAUGACUAUGAUGAGGACUCUGAACAUUAUGACAGCUGACAAACAUAUUGAUGCUGCUAGGUUAUUCAAUUGAAAUAUUUAUUUUAAAACAAGUGUGCAUAGGUUUUUAAUGAUCACUCCAAUUGUUGUGGUGAAAAUAAAGCAGCUU